AUGGGCUCAGACUUUUUAAUGUUAAAUGGUUUUAAGGGUGACCUAUUUGGUGGGCUGAACGAUGGUCUACUGAGCAGGGCGGAGGCGUUGGCAGCGGUGGACAUCAGCAAGCACCAGUCGGGACCACAACCGGGGCCUCCACUUCCUCAGCUCAAACAUGACAUGGUCUACCAUCAUGGAGUAGGGGGCCCGUCACCACAUAACGCAAGACCACACCAGAUGGGUCACCAUGGCAUGGAGGGGCUGGAUAUGCUCGAUCCGCUCACAUCUUCAUCGAUGACCACCUUAGCGCCGAUGGGAGAAGCAGCGCCUCCUCACCACCAGCUGCACGGCUACGGAGCGAUGAACCAUGUUAUGAACCACCACCACCACGCCGGAGGACUUGCGCACGCGCCGCCCGCCCACCUUGGCCACCCGGCGGCGGCGCUACAUCCUGACACCGAUACAGACCCCCGCGAACUUGAGGCCUUCGCUGAAAGAUUUAAACAACGAAGAAUUAAACUAGGUGUCACGCAAGCAGAUGUCGGCAAAGCACUUGCAAACCUGAAACUUCCUGGCGUAGGAGCUCUGUCACAGAGCACAAUCUGCCGCUUCGAGAGCCUUACACUAAGUCACAACAACAUGAUAGCUUUGAAACCAAUCCUGCAAGCGUGGCUAGAAGAAGCAGAAGCGCAAGCCAAGAAUAAAAGACGGGACCCCGAUGCGCCGAGCGUGCUACCAGCUGGUGAAAAGAAACGUAAGAGAACUUCUAUCGCCGCACCGGAGAAGAGAAGUCUGGAGGCUUAUUUUGCGGUCCAGCCGCGGCCCUCCGGUGAGAAGAUAACUGCUAUUGCGGAGAAGCUGGACCUCAAGAAGAACGUAGUGAGAGUGUGGUUUUGCAACCAGCGGCAGAAACAAAAGCGGAUGAAAUUUGCAGCGCAGCACUGA